UAGAGGACGUGUAUGUGACGGUCACUGGACAAACUUGUUCUUUCUAAGUUGCUGCCAACAUGAACUGCACUUUCUCCCAGCCUGAUAACUUUAGUUGGAUCAUCGCUGCCACGAGUUACAUGUGUGUCAUAAGCUUUCUUGGGACUGUAGGUAACAGUAUCAGUCUCUGGUGUUUGGUUCGAUACGCGAAAAUGAGCAGGUGGACCAAGUUCCAACUGAUCUUCGUCUUCAGCAUCUUACUGACAAUCUCCUUGGUUAUUCUUCCCUCCUUCACUUUCAUCAGCUACAACAGCAUCUUCUGCGAGGUCUUCUUACCGAAGAAUCUCGCUUAUUAUAUUGGCAUCUGUUAUUCCUUUUUUUUUCAGCUGGAGAGAAUGAACUUCACUGUCAUCGCUGUUUUCAGGUGUCUGGCGGUGUGGCGCCCUCAUUUGUUUCAAAAGUUAUCCAAGAUGGCGGUCAUGGUGGGUGUGGAGGCUGGUAUCUGCAUAUAUGCUAUCGUAAUUUGUCUGGCAGGUCUCUUAAUGGGUCUAAAGCCAUCAACAAAUAAAAUUCCUUUCAUCAAGGGACUGCUCACGGAGUCGAAUGCAAUGUUUGCGGCAUUCACAGAGACUCUCAUAAAGGAUAAUUUUGACAACGAAAUAUAG